AGUCCUUUUUAAACAGUAACUACAGACUUAGACACGUCACUCAGGCCGAUGAGUGUUUAAGUCUGUUGUGUUUGUAUUUCAUUACUCGAUGGUGUAUCUAGCACACUUCCAAUGGAGCUGAGCGAGUUAAACACACCAGUGUUCCCUUCUCCAGACUACAACACCGACCGCUACGGCUCCCUCAGGGCACGCAAAGCUCCCUUCCGCGAAGUGAACGAGGGUGCGCCGCAGUUUGACUGGAGCUCACGCCCGGAGGAAGACCAAGAAGACGAUGAAAAUUCCGACAAAACACAAAAUCUCAGAGAGCUCCCACUUCACAUGGGACUGAAGAAAGCUAUAUGGCAGGUGCAGAAGAUGCGAGUCCCCGUUGUAUCGAGUUGGGGUUCCUGGCGCUUACGUCACUCCAAGUCCUUUCGGCGUUUUCGUGAGGACGUGUCAAGCAUUUUGUCUUUUGUUAAGCUCUGGAGGAGGUCCAUGCACCAGAUCGGAGGGCAUUUUGGAGGGGGCGUCCAGUCCUUUUUCCUGUUCUUGAGGUUCCUUGUUAUUCUAAACUUCAUGUCCUUCCUAUUAAUGGCCGGAUUUGUGAUUAUACCCAGCAUUGUUUUCCAGUCAAGCAACUCCAGUGAUCAACUACUCCUUUCCACCAUCAACCUUACAUAUGUGAAAGAGUGUCUGCAAUAUGAUGUUCAGCCUAAACCCCUUACUGUUUACUACACCUACUUCCUGGAUUUGCUCUCGGGAACGGGGUUCAUGGAGUACUCCUACCUGUUCUAUGGAUUUUAUAACAGGACCGAGGGCCUAAACAAUGGCUUCUCAUACAACAUUCCACUGGCGUACCUGCUUACUUCUGCAUUCUACUUCCUUUUUUGCCUGUUUUGCAUCGUGAUUCGGAUGGGUGGAGUGGCGCGGCUUGUCGUGGCGAUGGACGGAGGACGCUUGGGAGGGUACAGUGUGCUCGUUUUUACCGGGUGGGAUCACGGCCUCCAGGAUCAACGAGCCACCAAAGUAAAACACAACAACCUGCGCUAUCGCCUACAGGUGGAUCUGGAGGAGGAGAGGAUUAAGAAAAAGGCUGAGUCUCUCACUCUUGCUCAAGCAUUCUUGCUUUAUUCCCUACGAACUUUCCUAAACCUCAUCGUCUUGGCAAUGAUAGCGGGGGCUUGCGUUGCCAUUGCUUCUGCAACCACGUACAGUCAGUCUAAACAACAGGCAGGCAUCCUGGGAUUGCUGCUGGAGUAUCUGCCCUCCAUCGUUAUAACAGCCAGUAAUUUUGUCGUUCCAUUUCUGUGUGACCAGAUCGCUAAACUGGAAAAAUACUCACCUGGCAUGACUGUAAUCGUCGCCCUGCUACGGGCCGUGGGCCUGCGCUUCGUGAGUUUAGCUGUUCUUUUGUACAGUUUGUGGAAUCAGAUCACAUGUAACGGAAACAAAGAAACCUGUUCACCCUGUGGCUACAGCUACAAGCAUUAUCAGUGUUGGGAGACACGUGUUGGACAAGAAAUGUACAAACUCACGCUGUUUGACUUUCUUAUUACAAUCGCGGUGGUGAUACUGGUGGAGUUUCCCCGCAGGCUAGUAGUGGACCAUUGCUCGUGUAAGUUGGCUGAGUGGGUGGGUCGGCAGGAGUUUGUUGUUGCAUCAAAUGUGUUAGCGCUUGUUUACGGUCAGACUGUAGUGUGGAGCGGCGCUCUUUUCUGUCCCAUACUGCCGCUCAUCAACACCAUCAAGCUCAUCAUCAUAUUCUACUUCAAAAAGGUCACUCUAUUUCAAAACUGUCGCCCGGCACUGAGGACGUUUCGCUCCACCACCUCCAACUUCUUCUUCCUCCUGGUUCUUCUGUUCGGUUUGGGGAUCUCCAGCGUGGUGCUUGUUUAUAGCGUAGCUAGUAUUCAUCCAUCCUAUGGCUGCGGUCCAUUCCGUUUCUCCUCUUCUAUGUGGGAAGUCAUUCCUGGUUCCUUGCAUUCGCUGUCCAACACGACGCAGGCGUUUCUGCUGUAUAUCGGCUCACAGGCUUUCUCCAUCCCGCUUUUCCUCUUAUCCUGUGUGUUGAUGUGCUACAUGGCUGUGAUGGUUUCAGUUUAUGGGAAAACUGUUGACCUGCUGAAGAAACAACACAAACUAGAAGGACGAGAUAAACAGUUCCUGGUCAAACAGAUCAAGGAGAUGAGCACAAAGCCUUCCAGAAACAAACAAGAACCAAAACUAAGAGACGCCAGAGAAAUGAGAGAUGGCAGAGGCGCGAGAGGUGCCGUGCAAAGAUGGGGAGAAAACUACAAUUCUGCAUUCGAGCCAGAUGAAGACCAAGCCAUGCCGGCUAGUGACUUUAGCAAUGGUGGCUUUUAUGAGAGAGACAUCUGACAUUCUUAUACAUUUACAUUUACAUUUAGGCAUUUGGCAGACGCUCUUAUCCAUCAUACCAUAUGCAGUCAUGGAGUCAUAAAUAAUAUCCUUCGUAUUUUUGCGGAAAAAAUUGUAUAAAUGUUUUGCUCCAUGUCUCAGAUCCAACAUCAAAUAAUAAUAGGAUAUCUUUAUAAAAUGUAGAACGCUUUAAGGAUGCACAAUGAAAUAGAUGUAAAAUAGACAAAUUUGGAUUUUACCUUUUUAUUGCUACAAAGAUAUUCUGUAAUAUAAUGUAUAGAUAUAAUAUAA